GUGUUUAUAUUUAUAUUUCUGUUUAAAGGAUGUGAUUGGUGUAAGGCAAAAGCUAAAUAAAUCAUAUGUAAUUCAAAAUGAUUUUUUUAAAGUGCGGAUCUUCCAAGUUUAAUAAUAAUUUAAAAUUUAAAUUUAAUUUUGACCUAUCCAGCAUAGUUAAUUAAUAAUCCUAACUGAAUAUAAUAUAAUAACAAGUACGUAGCUUCAAGAAUCUUGGAAAAUGCCUGCCUCAACAAUGUUCGUAACUCAAGAAGGCCCAGCAAAUGCGUUGGCCCUGAAUAAAGACUACACUCAAGUAGUUAUUGCAGGCAGAAAUGUUUUCAAAGUUUUUUCCAUCGAAGAAGAGUUUGUUGAAAGCUGUAAUCUGAGAGUUGGGAAGAAUCUCAACCUUAACUUUUCAUGCAAUGACGUCGCUUGGAACACUAUUGAAGAUCACAUACUGGCGACGGCGGCGACGAACGGGGCCGUCGUCUUGUGGAACCUGAACAGGCCGUCUCGCUCGAAGCAGGACCAUGUGUUCAUCGACCACAAGCGCACCGUCAACAAAGUGAGCUUCCACACGGCGGAGCCGACCCUGCUGAUAUCGGGGUCUCAGGACGGAACCAUGAAGUGCUUUGACCUGCGCAUGAAGGAGGCGACUAGGACCUUCUUCAGCAACACGGAGAGCGUGCGGGACGUGCAGUUCAGCCCGCACAAGCACCACGUGUUCGCGGCCGUGUCGGAGAACGGCAACGUGCAGCUGUGGGACAUGCGGCGGCCCGAGCGCUGGAACCACCAGUUCACGGCCCACAGCGGGCCCGUGUUCGCCUGCGACUGGCACCCGGAGGCCCCCUGGCUCGCCACCGCCAGCCGCGACAAGACCAUCAAGGUGUGGGACCUGUCCAGCAAGUCGACGUUGGAGUACACCAUCAACACCAUCGCCUCCGUGGGGCACGUCAAGUGGCGGCCGCAGUGCAAGUACCACAUCGCCAGCUGCGCCCUGGUCGUGGACUGCAGCAUCAACGUGUGGGACGUGCGCCGGCCGUUCAUCCCGUACGCGGCGUUCAACGAGCACAGGGACGUGGCGACGGGCGUCGCCUGGCGGGGGAACCCCAACGUGUUCCUCUCCACCAGCCGGGAUUGUACCCUGUACCAACAUGUGUUCAAAGACGCGUCAAGGCCAGCAGAGAGGGCAAAUCCUCAAGGAAUCACCAUGAACAGCUGGGGGGACGUCACGUUCGCCUGCCGCACCAACUUUCACUCAUCUUCCAAGGCAUUGGGAAUUCACAGGAAGCCGCCGCUGCUGGACGACCAGUUCUGCUUCGCGGCGAGCGUGGUCCACCGGUACUGCUGCAAGAUGCCGCGGGAGUUCAGGAAGUUCUACGAGUGCGCGCAGCAGUACGUGCUGACGGGCCGGUCGCUGGCCGAGAUUUGCGACCACAACGCGGCCGUGGCGCGCUCCACGGGCAGGAACCAGGUGAGCCUGGUGUGGAGCAUCGUGAAGACCCUGUACGACGGCAGCAAGGGCGGGGGCGACCUGUGCCAGCAGCAGACCCCGUCGCGAGACAGCGACCCGGCGCCCGACCCCGGCUCGACGGCCACCGCCGACGUGGACCAGCGCUCGCUGCCGGGGGACACCAGCGCCGGGGAGGACGACGCGGGGGACGACGACGCCCCCCCGGCCGGCCUCGGGCCCCAGGGGGACUUCAUGUUCGGGGACGGCGAGCUGGACCCGCUGGGGGCGGGCUGCGACCUGCUGGGCGGGGCCUGGCCCUGCUACGGCGUCGCUAACGGCAACCCCGGGGUGCCCGAGCCCGACUGGACGCUGCCCGUCGAGGCGUUCCCCCUGCGGCACGAGAUACAGGACCGGUCCCCGCCGCCGGAGCAGUUCCCCGGCCAGGGCGACCCGCACCUCGACGACCACGCGGACGUGGCCGUCGAGGACCAGCCGUCGUCCCUGCUGCGCGUGGCGUCGGCGCCGCGGCUGGCGCCCUGGGACCCCAGCGGCCUGGUGGCGGAGGCGCUCAGGCACCACGCGGCGCUGGGCGACGUGCAGACGCCCGCCUGCGUGCUGCUGGCGAUGGGCGAGCGGCGGCGCGGCCUGGCGGCGCUCGACGAGGCCACCCAGGAGCAGUGGCUGCUGGGGUACCUCGACGUGCUGGCGCGGCUCAAGCUGUGGGGGGUCGCCACGCAGGUGAUCCAGCUGGCGUGGGCGGCGUCGGUGAGCCAGCUGAACCAGCAGUCCACCACGGUGCACACCUGCUGCGGCCGGUGCGGCAAGGCCAUGCUGCGCAGCGGCUGGCUGUGCGACCGCUGCCACUCGGCGGAGGGCGCGGCCUGCGCCGUGUGCCGCCGCGUGGUGCGCGGCCUGUACGCCUGGUGCCAGGGCUGCUCGCACGGCGGCCACCUGGCGCACAUGCGCGAGUGGUGGGCGGGCGGAAACCGCGACUGCCCCGCCGGCUGCGGCCACGCCUGCGAGUACAGCUGAGCACGUUUCAUAGACACACGAACCAACGUGCCGGAUGCGAGUACAGUUGAGUACGUUUCACAGACACCAACCUACGUGCCGGAUGCGAGUACAAUUGAGUACGUUUCAUAAACACCAACCUACGUGCCGGAUGCGAGUACAGUUGAAACGUUUCACAGACACAAACCAACAUGCCCGAUGCGAGUACAGUUGAAACGUUUCAUAGACACCAACCAACAUGCUGGAUGUUUUUGUGUUACAAACUUGCGUGAUCUCGAGCCACCGUACGAGUUAACAACGCCAAAGAAUUGAGAUAUUUAUCUCACCCGACACUUACCCAUCCACUCUGAAUGUGCCCCUGUUCGGUGAAAUAAUAACACGUGUUGUGCUCGUCGUGGGAUUCGGCGGAUGGAUACCACUCCUGCAAGUAGUCGUCGUCUGGCAACACUCUGUCCGUUGGUAGGGCUGUGGACUUCAAGACGGCACCGCGGUAAGCUGCUUGGUAACUUUGUUCGGUGAUCUAGCACAGUUCUUUUAAGUAUAUACACGACAGCCCCUCUUCUGACAGACUGUUUGGGGGGGGGGGGGGGGGGUGGUAAAGGAUGAUGCAGAGAUGCUCGUGACGGUUUCGGUGGCCACCAUGCCGCAAGGCAGCCAGGUUGAAGGAAGCCCGUGGCAACGGUGGUGCAACUAAAUGUGACCGAGGCCCCUGUAGGGGUGUUCAAAGAGGCAGGGGUUCCCCUGCCAGAGUAUGCUCGACGGUACAGUUGGUAAAUGACACAUUUAGACAAUUUUCAGUAUUAUUGCUGCCAAUGAACACAAAUUUACCCACCCUGGCUCCCUUGGUAUUCGCGUGGUAGCUGAAGUGCCCACUGAAUUAAUUUACACGAAGCAGGGUGGAAGGGGAAACUGACUGCGGCUAUCUUGCAGUCUUCCUGCCGCUCCAGCUGCACAGUGCCACGGAGAAGUGUAUGUAGACGGACGAGUGGACACGUCCAGAAACAAGACAGUGGACAACCAAUACCUUUCAGAACAGGGCGCCCGUGAACAUGUGGCAUCCAUAAACGGACAUUGGAAUUGGUGGCAGACCUCGGGAGGUUCUUGUGGCAGAAGGUUGCAGGUCUUGAAGUGAAGCAGUUCUGGGCAAUUGGGGGGUGGAGGGUGAGGAUGAAAUGUGCCAAGGUGUUGAGUUCCGAGGUGAUAAGGCGAAUUGGCGGUUGGGCAACUACUGAGGAGCACAGCUAUCGAGCCUUUUUUAUUGUAUAUCUGGCCGGGAGGAGAGUAAUUAUUGAGGUGCUUAUUGGUGUCGCACGUUGAGUAGGUGGUGAAGGAAGGGGAAGAUGCACUGCCUUCCUCCUCUUGCACAGCAGGCAAGACUGUCCUUCAAGGUCACGCUGCUGCAACUACGCCAGGUGCAUUGUGACCUUGCUACAACAAGUACCCGUGCACUAAUAGAGAUGGGUGGUCGGCACUGAAGCCUUGAAGAGGGACAAAAGAAUUCAUGUUUGUCAGCAGCGAUGUGCGUAACACGCGUCAGGGUACACAACUACUGAACAGUUUAUAUGUUCCGUCGAAUAGACAAUCUGCCAUAUUUACCCGAGUAUGGGUUGCAGAUUUGAUGCAGAUUUUUUGUUUAGUAAAAUAUACUGCCACCCUUAUGCAAAAAUUGCCAUUUUGGGUAAAAAAAAAAAUUAACAUGGCACUUUUGGGGUUGACUAAAUGCUUAAAUAACUAGUCUUUGUUUAAUAAAUGUGUAGCGAGUAAAUAUAAAUUAUUUAAUUAAAAUAUCUCAGCAGUGAGUCUAAGGUACGUCUGUCACCUGUCUGGCAGCUACCUGGCUGCCACGGGUUAGUAACAUGGCUGUCUUUGCCGCAGGGCUGGCACUUUGCAAGAAGGGUAAUCUAAAAAUAAACCAGCCGGAGGGAGUGAGAGAGAAUGAUGAGGGGAAGGGAGUGCGUGUGGCCACGCAACAUUGUUUAUGGUGCUCCUUCUCUAAUUCGUCAUUGUGAACUGGCACCGUACACAAUUAUCAUUUCUAUCUCGACUGGUUUUUGUGACGCAACUGUGUCUAAACAUUGUUUUUUCGUGAAAUUUCCUACCCUUUCUACUACAACAUUUUGUUCAUGAGAAACCUGCUGUAAAGGGCUUGCUUGUUUUUAUUGAAGAAAUUGACAAGGAAAUAGCCUGCGAUCUUUUCUCUCUUGGGGAUGACGGGAAGGGAAACAUGGGUAUAAAAAAAUUGCAUUCUUUUUGUUUGUAUUUUUGUUAGAUUGUGCUAGGGUAAAGGGGGAGGGGGAGGAAGGGCCAUAAAGGAUGAAGAGGGGAAAGACGUAGGACAUCAGUGCAGUUUCUUACGCUGCAAUGAGAUGAGACACGGACCGUAAAGACAUCACUUUUUAUACUACUGGAGACAGUUAUGCAGCAUGACCCUUAUGGUGAAAAUGUUAGAUUUCUUUUGCUGUCAGAAUAUGCUUAUGUAAAAUGUGGAAUUGCCUGAGAAGAGUUCUUAUAUAUUUCCUUCUGUGCUGCUAACAAGGAUACUUCAUCGGCGGCCUAAAAACCACCAGUGAAUGCGUCCAUUGUUGUUGUUUUGGCCGGUGUGGCCAGGUAUCUGAAGAGACAGUGGCAGGGCAUUCACCCUGUGCCAGCCCUUUUAUUACUGAAACCUCUUUAAUGUCAUAUGUUUGUCAUUAAAUUGCAGACCCCUAUUCAAUAUAUAACAUGAACGUUAUGUAUUCAAAUUUUGUUAAGAAUAUCACAAAAUUUUAAGGAAAAUUAUAAAAACCAUGGUCAAAAUUUAAGCUCCAGGCUGGCUUUAAAAUGAUGUUGUAAAGCCUUUUUUCCCCCUCUUUUCCCCAAUUUUGAUAAGGGGGGGGCUCUUAAGCUCCUUUUUCUUCAGGCCUCUCUGCAAAAUACUAGGUUACAUUUCUGGCAGCCAGUCAGGAUGAACCACACCCAGGCAUAAUUUGGGGCAUGGAAAAAAUUUCUGUAUUUGUUAAUAUUAGGAAGAUGACUUUGAUUCAAUAUUUCCUUAGGGGAAGCCUUUUUUUCACAGACGAGAGAGCCAAAACCCGAAGUUCAUGCUUUUUUUUCUGUAUCUUUAAUGUAGCUAUCCUAACCAAAUCAACCGUCCACAAUGUUUUAAAGUAUUUAUAAUGUAGCUAACCUAACCUAACCUAAUUGACCAUUAGUAUCCUUUUAUCAACACCGCCAUAUUUAUUUACAAUGAACAAAAAAAAAAAACCAAAGAUGCACGAUCAGACUUUGGCUCUCUCAUCUGUAAAAACAAAAAGGCUUCCCGUUCCUUAGAGGGUAUGGUCUAUUGACAUGUAUAGUAUCAUUUAUUUUCCCCCUUUUUUUUUUUUUGGACUUUGUUUAGCUAGAAAUUUGACCCCAAGCAUCUGCGAUGGUUCAGGGUGAAAUUAAUUGCCCACCGAGAUGUGUCUUGGAUUGCUUUUUACUUCAGUUAAACAUGAUAAAAACAAAGAAUAUAAUUAAUGUGUUUUCAUAAUUUUUUGUGUUUAUAAUCGAUUGACUAGUUUAUUUGUAUGAAGUAUCAUCUCAUCUGGAACUUUACUUGUUAUGUAAGUUGUUGGCUACCAUUUAACUAAGAAUUUAAAAAAAAUAUAUUAUUUCAAGAAAUCUGUUAUUAAAAUUAGCAAAGGUUUUUAGGCUUGUUACUAUUCUGGGGUGCCUACCUGGAAGGAACAUAGCAGUUCUCGCAUAGCUUGUUUCUUCAGUAAUUCUCCUUGGCUGUUGUUUAAGUGUGUUAUGUCUUGCUUAAUAAAUAUGAUUGUUUGUCCUCAGUUCACUUGACCACUGUGAAAAUUUUCAGUCAAGUUCUUUGCUGAAAAUGCUGUGCAUUUGUUUUGUUUCAAAAUGUGGUUUCUGCAAAAUACCAUGUAUAUUUUUGUCUAGUAGACAAUGUUUGUAAUUUUGACUAUUUAAGAAUUGUUAUUAAAAAAAUUAGUUUAUAGCAACUUAGCAUAGCAUAUACCAACUAUAGAAAAUAAAACAUUUGCAACUUGUGUUU